AAAUACAAGAGAGUUGUCGCGUUCGCGCGUUACAACUUACAAAUGCCGAUAGAAAAUGGUCAUGAAACUGCCGCCUGAACCCUGAUCUCUGCACGGAUAUCCAUGCCUCUCUACACGCUCCCCACUCCAUUCUUGAAUCUCCAUCGUGCCAUGGCGCCGCCCAAACACGUGCUCGCACUCCUUCUCCUCCUCUUCUCCGCCACCAAUGCCUGCCACCAGCGAGCAAAAACGCUCCACAUCCCCGUCGUCCACCGCGACGCCGUCUUUCCGCCACCGCCGUACGCCAAACGAGGUAGCCUCCUAACCCGCCGCUUCGCAGCAGCCGACACUGCGCUCAUGACGUCCGGCCUCCACUCUCCCGUCAUGUCCGGGCUCCCCUUCGAGAGCGGCGAGUACUUCGCGUCCAUCGGCGUGGGGACCCCGUCCACCACCGCACUCCUCGUCAUCGACACCGGAAGCGACCUCGUCUGGCUCCAGUGCAAGCCCUGCCGCCACUGCUACGCCCAGAUGAGCCCGCUCUACGACCCCAGACGCUCCAGCACCUACAGCCAGAUCCCCUGCACAUCGCCUCAGUGCCCGCUCCUCCAGGGCUGCGACAACAGCACGGGAGGCUGCGGGUACACCAUGGUGUACGGCGACGGCUCGUCCAGCAACGGCAACCUCGCCACAGACAGGCUCGUCUUCUCCAACGACACGUCCGUCUACAACAUCACCAUCGGGUGCGGCCACGACAACGAGGGGCUGUUCGACUCGUCUGCCGGGCUCCUCGGUGUCGCCCGCGGCGCCGCCUCCUUCGCGUCGCAGGUGGUGCCCUCCUACGGCAGCUAUUUCGCGUACUGCCUCGGUGACCGUACGUCUAACGUGCGUAGCAACUCCUCCUACCUCGUCUUCGGCCGCACGCCGGAGCUUCCGUCCACGGCGUUCACGCCGCUCCUGUCCAACCCGCGGCGCCGGAACCUGUACUAUGUAAACUUGGCCGGCUUCAGCGUCGGCGGCGAGCGCGUCACGGGGUUCUCCAACUCCAGCCUUUCGCUCGACCCGGCGAGCGGCCGGGGCGGCAUCGUGGUGGACUCCGGCACGUCAAUAUCGCGGUUCCCCAGGGACGCGUACGGGGCGCUGCGCGACGCCUUCGACGCGCGCGCGGCCGCGGGCGGGAUGCGGAGGCUGUCCGGUCACAUCUCGGUGUUCGACGCAUGCUACGACAUGCGAGGUGUUGCGAUGGCCAAGGUGCCACAAAUCGUGCUGCACUUCGCCGGCGGGGCGGACAUGGCGCUGCCACCGGAGAACUACUUCAUCCCCGAGGAUACCGGGAACGGGAAGUACUACUGCUUGGCUCUAGAGGCGACGGACGACGGGCUCAGCGUGCUCGGCAACGUCCAGCAGCAAGGGUUCCGGGUCGUGUUCGACGUCGAGAAGGAACGAGUCGGGUUCGCCCCAACAGGCUGCUAAUUAAGUUCGAUUUAUCAUAGUACGACGAGCAGCAUGGUUGUUCAAUCCCAAGUACGUGUCUGUAUUUUUUCU